UCGAUUGAAGAACCUCGAAGAGUUGUCUAAAAUAAUUCAAUCGUGUCAAUAAUUCCUUUGUGUGUGUUCAACGAGAAUUUUGAUUACGUAAACAAAAGGUGAGCUCGUGAACAAAACAGAAAGGAUGAAACAUUUUUUGUUUAAUCAGCAAAUUGUUUUCGGCGAUAUGGAAGUAGUUCUGGCGCAAUUCAUCCGCAGAAUUUUGGUGAUAAAUUGUCGGAGAUAACGAUAAAAUUUUCAGAAAUAAUACUGUUAUAAAGUGAUGAAAGAUACACCGGUGGACUUGAUAAUUUUGUGAUAGCUCUGUCCGAAUCGCUAUAAAUACACGAAAACUUCGAAGUCUCUCAAAAAGUGUUUUUCCAACGUAAGAACACGAAACACGAUGGGUCGCAGCGCAUUUUCCGUCACGACGAUUCUCGUCCUCGCUAACUUUAUUCUUAUUUCGAGUGCCAAGCCAUCCCAUGACUUUGGAAAACUCGACAACAAAUCAGUAUUUCUAAACGAAGUGGUCAGCUUUUCGGAUGAUUUAUCGAAGGAAACUUCCGCAACCCGUUUCAUUGGAGAUCUAUUCGUUGGUCAGCGAUAUGCUAGCGAACGUCUAGCACAAGGGAAGUUCGAUUUGGACAAUCAGUCGCCUGAUGUAUUGCAAAAAACCUUGUACUUCGAUGUGAAAGGAACUAUCCAUUACCUCAGUCUCGUUAAUGAUAAUGGAAGCUAUCUAGUGGUAUGUGAGACCCCGUAUACUUUGGGCUCCAGCGUUGCUGAGGUGAAUGUUCGUCUUGCCCCAUACUCGACAGCACACUACAGCGUGAUUGCUGCGUUCCAUUAAGUAGCUCUCAGUAUUUAUAAAUAUGAUAUAGAUAACGAUUCGUAUUUGUUGCGGCAGAUAAAACUGUACCGUGGUUUAACAAAUCAAACGAUAAAAAUUGUGUGAAAAUGAAAAGUUACAAAUAAAAUAGC